AUGGCUAUUGGUAUGUCACCUUAUCAGUUGGUGUUUGGGAAACCAUGCCACCUUCUAGUUGAGUUAGAACACAAGGCUUAUUGGGCUAUCAAGAGUUUCAACAUGAAGAUGGAUGAAAGUGGAGAACACAGGAUGUUGCUUCGUUUGUUUCUGGGUAAGUUGCGUUCUCGUUGGGUUAGACCUUUUGUUGUUACUAAUGUUUUUCCUCGUGGUGCUGUUGAAAUUCAAAGUUUAGCAACUUCCAAAGUGUUCAAGGUGAAUGGCCAUAGACUUAAGAUUUUCUAUGAAGAUUUCCAAGUAGAGAAUGUUGGAAAAUUGGACCUUGAGGAUCCGAUUUAUACUGAUUGA